AUGUUCUCCAACAACACCUGGCGACAGGAAAGAACUGACCCCUAUAGUAACCAGGAAAUUUUGUCCGUGUGUUUGAGGUUGCUGACCGGUAGACGUCCAAGGGUCCGCGAACUAUUUUUCAAUUUCGUUUAUCUAGAGAGGGCGACUGGGGAAUCAAUAGCACAUGCUAUCACCGAGUGUCUCAGACAAAACCACAUUGACAUAUCCCAGGCUAGGGUCCAGAGCUACGAUGGCGCAGCUUGCAUGUCCUCGGCGAAGAUGGGUGUCCAGGCACGGAUCCGACAACUUUCCCCGCGCGCGUUAUAUGUUCACUGUAACAGCCACGUCCUCAAUCUCAGCAUUGCUAGUGCAUGUAAACAACCCGCCAUCCGGAAUAUGAUAGACAUUCUGAACGCCGUGUUUCUGUUCUUUGAUUUGUCUCCGAAACGACAGAGGUUCCUCGAGAGAAUUCUUGACAACAUGGCGCCAACCACCCGCAAGAAGAAGCUUGUUGGGCUGUGCAAGACCCGGUGGGUGGAGAGACAUACAUGCUUCGACACAUUCUACGAUAUGUACGGAUACUUAUGUGAAUGUCUAGAAGCAAUACUGGACCCAUCUGGAUAUCCAGACAUUUACAUGGACACCUGGACCGGUAGCCGGGACCAAGAAACAAGGACGAAGGCGCAGGCGUUAUUGGCCAGUAUGUGCUCUUCACAGACAAUAAUCGCCUUUCUCGUGACAAAAAAUGCACUAGAGAAUGUAAGACCAAUUGCAUCUAAGCUUCAGAAGAGGGAUUUGGACAUACACCAGGCGUACGGUAUGAUUGACCAGACCAAAGCUCGGAUUGUGACUUUGCGAAAAGACAUUGAAGAAGAAUUCAGUGUCUGGUUUGAGGAUGCCACCCGAUUGGCAACACUUGUCGGCAUUCCCAUUUCCGCUCCAAGAGCACCAAAAUCAGCACGACAACUUCAUCGACUCAACGCCCCUAGCACGACUCCAAGUGAGUAUUUUUUGCGCAACGUGGCAAUUCCAUUCUGCGACCACUUAUCUUCGGAAUUCGCAAACCGAUUCACCCCGGAAACCAGAAAGGAUGUAGAGAUCCUCGCUCUUCUGCCACCGAACAUCACAAAGACGGAGGAUGUCCAGAAGGUUGUUGAAAACCUCAAAUUCUGGGAAGAAGACUUGCCUAAUCCACCAACUCUCAGAGCGGAGAUAAAGGAAUGGCAGCGGUUUUGGAAUACCAAAAUGCCAAUGGAGCCUGCCUCAUCGCUCAACCUUGUGGAUUGCCUGGACAAUGCUGACGAAGAUGUGUUCCCUAAUCUCAACACGCUGCUAAGAAUUGGGUGUAUCCUACCUGUGGGCAGUUGCGAGGCAGAGAGAUCAUUUUCCUGUCUGCGACGGCUAACGACUUACUUGAGGAACAGGAUGGGAGAAAAUAGACUGACAGGACUGGCACUCAUGAACAUGAACCAUGAUAUCGACAUUGGUUUGGACAAAGUGUGCCAGGCCUUCAUUCAGAGACACAUCAGAAAAAUGUUUGCUGGCUGCAUACUCUCUCAGUGA